AUGGUCACUCCGCAGCAGUCUUGCGACUCACUCGAAUCCCCUCGAUCAGCGUCCUCGCGAGGACGACAAAACUCCGUCAAGGUGGCUUCAGGACAGGGAAUCCUGGCAUCCACUGGUGCUUCGUUUGCCAACGUCGCCAACUUGACCGCCUCGCUCUUCCCCAAACUCCCUCCCGGCCUCCAGUCCUACGUCGACGCGACCGUCCUCCGCCUGGCCUCGGCCGCCGACGCCUCAUCAGACUACAUCCGCUCCACAACAGGCCUCUCUCCCACUGCUGUAUACGGAACUCUCGCCGGUGUUAUAUUGCUUGGUGCCCUCCCGACUGUUGCCGCACGAGCCACGCACAACAGGAACAUCGCCGGAAACAAAAUGGAUUCAGGAAGAUCUCGGUAUGGCUGGUCGUCUGUCUGGCCGCGGGGCACCAUCUCGCCCUUCGGCUCUGGCUUAGGGCACGACGGACAGCCGCCCGAUGUGCAAGACGAAGAUUUUAGCUACAUCACCUCGGAGGACUUGCAGGACCAGUCGCGGUAUUACAACGACAACCCGACAGCCAGCAGUACCCGCGUCGGACGCUCCGACCCGGCGCUUGAAAUCCCGGAUGAUGACAUCAUCCUGAUCAAGUUCAAGGACGUCUAUUACCCCGAGCAUUUCCCUGCGUACUCCAUCGCAGAUGGCAAGGUCCUGGCUAUCGACAUCCGCGAGCGCAUCCAGCUCAUCACGAAGCUCACUGAUGAGCAGACGGACCGGCUGAGACUUUACUACAAGGGCAAGGAGCUCAGAGAAGACGAAAUGCCCGCUGCCCGUUAUGGAAUCAAGAACAAGAGCGAGGUUCUAGCCAUCCUCCCGGAUGAUGUCGAGGGCGGUGGGAGCAGCGAGUCCGGCGAGGAGAUAAUCGUCGUGGACGGCGACAAAUCCAAGCCCAAGUCCAAGAGAAAGAGCGGGAAGAGGGGCGAUAGGAGGAGCAAGACGAGCCCUCGCGGCAGCAACGCGAAUCUGGGAAUCCCUGACCCCAUCGACCUCAGGCCGGGCUCGGCUAACAGGUCGCACUCUCCCGCGCCAUCCAGGGCCCCGAGGACCCCGAGGACUCCAUUGCCACCCAAGGAGUACACUUAUCCCCCGGCCGCCCCUGGCAGCGCCAUGGAGACACUGAACAAGAUCGCCAUGAACUUCAACGACAACCUCCGUCCGGUGGCCGACGAAUUUAUUUCGAACCCCCCGGCAGAUGAGAAGAAGCGCAAAGAAGAGUAUCUCAAGAUCACCGAGACGAUCCUGCGGAAUGUCAUCUUCAAGCUUGACGAGGUCGACACGGGCGGUGACGAGACUGUGAGGGCCAGGAGAAAGGAGCUGGUCAUGGAUGUGCAGGGGGUUCUGUCUGAGGCGGACCAGAUGGUGCCCGAAGCUGACAGGACCGGUCGGUGA